UUUUGGGUGCAAAUAUAAUGCCCAAAACUACAAUAUACGUUUUUUAAGGGAAAAAUAAACUAUACUUCCAGCCAUAAUAAUGUAAAUACAUCCUAAAUCAAAUAUAAUUUAUUUCAUAAAUCCUGCAAAUAUUAAAAGAGUUUGUCUGCCCACUUUGUGCUCUGUGGCAGUUUAUGUUUCUUCUGACAUUUUUUUUUCAGUUUUGGCUCUUUUUCACCAGUUUCUUCCCGUAACUUCCACAACCACCAUCAUCUCCACCGCCUGACCCACCUUUCACCAAGUGUUUUUUUGUUUCAUCAUUUCGGACUCUUACAUAUAUAUCUACUUGCCUCACCCUCUGUUUUCGUCCAUCUCUCUAUCUUGCUACCAUGGAUAAUCUACUCAAUAACAUGUCUUCUCAUCUCACCCUUGCUGAAAGUGAGACUUGUCCUUCACUUGGGGGAUAUUGACACAUCCGUUCCUGAAGAUCAACCAUGUCAUAUGCUCCUGGCCCGUGUGAUUUCCAAAAAUGGCUACAAUAAGAAGGCCUUUCAGAACUCCAUGAGUUCCUUAUGGGAAAGACAAACCCGAUUCCCAGUUCACAUCUCUGAAUUUGCAUCUAAUCCUCUUUGGUUGUGCAGGGAAUAAACAACGGGUAUUGAUUGGUGAACCAUGGCAUUUCAAUCAUCUUCACAUUGUCUUGCACACACCAAGUGCUUUACAAAAUGUCUCAGCCGAAACUAUGGUUAAAUCACCUUUUUGGGUGCAAGUCUUCCGCCUUCCUUUCCUCAGCAAGUCAGAAUCUUGGGCUAAGUCUGAGGGUCAUUUACUGGGUGAUUAUAUUGAAGUGGACAAAGAUUCUCUGUUUGAAGGUUGGAGACCGUUUAUGCGCAUUCGAGUGGCUAUCGAUGUUACACAACCGCUUAUGCGGGGUCGUCGGGUUCGUCUUCCUCGGAUACGGGAUGAAUUUUGGAUUGACUUUCGCUAUGAGAAACUCCCAGAUUUCUGUUUUGAAUGUGGUAUUAUUGGUCAUCUAUUCCAGCAUUGUACACUUUAUUUGGAGCAUAUGGAUGCCGGCACUGAACCAACACUUCCAUAUGGGCCUUGGCUUAAAGGAGCCCCUCUUCCGACUUCCGCCGAUGAUCGUUAUCGACAAGACUUUUCCAAGUCUGGACCCUGGCCUUUCCUUACUCGUCUAGCCCGAAGCGCCAUUAGCCCCAUAUUAACCCACCCAUCCUACCCUUCUCCGCAACCUGUUUCUAUGACCUCCACUGAGAAUGGUACUAUUUCACCUUUGCCUUCGUUACACACCACAGAUAUUGCUACAUCCACUGUCAUUCCACACCCUCUUUCCUUGGUAGAUGUUCACAAUACACCCCCGUCACCCAACAUAUGCCACUUACCCCCGAACAUAUGUCCUACUGGCCCUGUUUCGACGCACAUGAUAUAUAUAUAUUUUUUUUAAAUACUCAUUUAUUACCUCUAAUUGUUUUAUUCAAAUGCAUGUCUUAUAUUUUUAAUAACGCUCAUGUAAUAUUCUAUAUUUUGAUAUUAUAUAUAUUUGUUAUUGUUAUCCAAAAAAUUAGCAUUGAUGACGUGGCGAGUGAUCACUGGACACGUGGCUGACACCUGGAAAAGUUCUGCUAGAGUAUCGACCAGAAGACGCAUUAGGAGCAGUAAGCAGUCUGGUCUUACCUGCGACCAGUCUGGUUGAUAGUUCCGCAUACAAAGCAACAUUAAUGAGAAGAUCUUUGUAAAUCCCGAAUUUAACUCAAACGAUCUCCUGAGUAUCCGAUAAUUCAGGAAAGAAUAUCUGUAACAAUCUUAUGUAAUCCCCCUUGAGCCUAUAAAUAGCAGAAGAUAGCUCAAGGAAGGGACUUUUUGGCUUUUGAAUCAUUUGAGACUAUAGUGAUUCUCCUAGUGAUAUUGUAUUGUUCUUGAGAGGUUAGUGAAACUCAUUGAACCCUUGUUCUUUGAUCACUCCUUUGAUUCUCAUAUCAAUAACAAUCUAAGUGGACGUAGGUUAUUACCAAAUCCUGGGGU